AUGGAGUUUUCAAGUGAUGAUUCCGUUCAGGAUCCCUAUUUUAUGCCUGAUGAAGACUUUAGUGACACAAGUACAAGUGACGACAAUGACAGUCAGAUUUGGAGCCCUCCUAGGUUUACAAGGCGUUUAUCAACAUUUUCGUAUAGUGAUAUGCUUCUAUGUCCUGAAAUAGAACGGCGUAGGUCAUCAAGAACAGCUCCUGUCGAUUUAGAACUCCAGCCACCAAACGUGCCAAGUACUUCUGGAACUACUGACGAUCAAAUUUCUGAACAGGAGUGGAUGGAAGUAAAACUGUCCAACAUGCAAUGGGAAAUGCCAAGUCAUGAUGACCCUCCUGCCAUAGAUUACACGGUACCAAGUUCUGGCAUGAAGGAUAUUUAUGUCGGGUUAUUAGCAAAUGCGAAUCCAAUAGACUACUAUGACUUGUUUCUAACAUUCUAG